AUGAUUAUUGUUAAUGAGAUUCAGCAUAUUAAAAAUAUCACCGUCCUAAUGGACUUAUAUGUUUUAAAAAUAAAUAAUUUCAUAAAAGUUAUUCAACAUUUGUUUCUACUAGAAAAAGAGAGAGACAAAUAUAUAAAUUAUAUACCAAGAAAAAAUAAGAAUAAGAAAGUAAAAAAUGUAAAUACUACUACUACUAAUAAUGACAAAAAUAAUGAUAAUGAUAAUAACGAAUAUAAUAACGAAAAUAAUAACGAAAAUAAUAACGAAUAUAAUAACGAAUAUAAUAACGAAUAUAAUAACGAAAAUAAUAACGAAAAUAAUGAUAAUGUUAAAGAUGAUCAUUGUGAUCAUCACGAGUGUGAUGAUCUUGAGGGAAGACAUAAAAUACAACAAAUUCUAUACAACAUUAAAAAUAUGAAAAAAAAAAGAAUAAAAAAAAAUGUACUCCUAGAUUUUUAUACACAAAUUCUUUCUAUCUACAGAAGAGAUCAACCUAAUUUAAUAAAUUAUUAUGUAACGCUUAUUAAGAAAUUAAAAACUUUUAAAUACAAUAUACAAUUAAAAAAAAUAUUUAUACAAAAUGUAAUAAAAGAAAUAAAUAAAGAAUAUAAAUCCUUUCUAAUAGAUUUACAUUACAUGUACUUUAAGGUAAAAAAAGAAGUUUCUAAUAUUAAUAAUGAUCAUAAUAAUAAUAAAGGUCAUGAAAUACCUUCUCUUACUUUUAAUACUUCACACAACAAACACAUAUAUGUGUAUAAAUCCAUAGGGCAUGUUUAUAAAAAUAUUUUAAAAACAUUAAAAUUAAGAUUAGAAGUCUUCUUAAAUUAUAUAUACAAUCUUUGUAAUAAUAUUUAUAAAAAGAUAAAUAUUUAUAUGGCACAUGUAUUUUCCAUGUUCAUAGAUACACAGGAGCGAUUAUUCAGCUUAAUGAGUAAAAGGAAGGAAUAUUUAAAGGAGAUCAUAAAAAUUAUAAGUGCCCAGGACAACAGUGAGCAUGUGAAAAACAGAAUAUCGUGCGAUACACUAUUGAAUACAUUUAAUAAUAAUGAUAUUGAAGAAGAUGGUUUUGAAAAAUAUAAUCUUAUAAAUAAUCAUAAUACGAAUAAUGAUGAGUGUACGAAUCAUUAUAUGUCACAGAAUACAUAUACAUUUACUAAAAUAAACUAUAUAACAAGGUUUUAUGAAAAUAAUUAUUACGGACACGAAAAUAAUAAUGUAAGGAGAGAUUCAAACUAUUUUCAGAACGAACAAGAGAAUAUUAAUGAGAGCGGUCAUAUAAAUAAUGUGGAAGAUAAUAUAAAUGCAAAGAAGCAAGAACAAGAAGAUCAAAAUAAAGAUAAUAAUAAUGAUAAUGAAAACAAUAAUAAUGAUAAUAAUAAUAAUGAUAAUGAAAACAAUAAUAAUGAUAAUAAUAAUAAUGAUAAUAAUGUAGUAAAACCACAGAUGAAGAAGGAGGUUAUAACCAUAAAAAAUAUUAUUAUGUUUUUUAAAAGAUUUAAAGGAUAUUUUAAAUUGUGCAGGAAAAAUAUGUAUGAACUGUCUCCUUCCCUUAUGAUAAAAGAGGGAGAAGUACUACAUGAACUUGUUGUCCGUUUAUUAAAUCAUUAUACCAGUAUAAUAAAAAUAAACAAAUUUUUUUAUAAAUCCUUUAAGAAAAAUAUUUAUAAUUUUAAUCUCCCUGUAGAGGAAAACAAAAUGAUAUAUAUACUUAAGGAGAUAUAUUUAUUAUUACAUUUCCAUAUAACUCACAUAUGGAUAACUAUAAAAGAACAUACAGAAGAAUUAAAAAAUAUAAAAAAUAAAAUAACACAAGAAAAUAAUUUCUUCGAUAUAUUUAUAUCAUAUGUAAUUAAAAAUUUAGGCACGGGAGAUAUGACCCCCGCAUUAUUUGAGAAAAUUAAAAAUGUAGAAAAGAAAAUAACAAAUGGAAAAGAAUCGAGCAGAUCAAUUUCCUUAUAUAAGUGGAGAAGUUUGAUUAAAAUAAAUACAGAGAUAGAUUUGAAACAUGGAGGGGAGGUACCUUUAUUACAGAUCUUGUCAUUUCCAUAUGACGAAUUUUUCAACGAACUUAUUGAAGAAAAUUAUAAUGAAGAAAAUAUAUUUAAAAAGUCAUCUUUGGAGAUGUACAAAAUAUAUUCCAAGUAUUGUUAUUCUAUUAAUCGAAAAGAAGUGAAGGAAUGUGUGGGUGUGCACUUGAAAAGGACGUGCUUAUACCAGGAAAAUAAUUUUAUUCAUAAAGUUCUACAAUUUUUACAAGCCAAAAAAUGUAGCCAUAUUUGCAUGCUCAGCAUUGAACAAAAUAACAUUCUCACAAGCUCAAAUAUUCUCGUCAACAUUUUUAACAAGAAAAAUCAAAGAGAUAAACAAUUUGCUUUUAAUUUAAUUGUUCAUUAUUAUAUAAAGGAAAAGGGCAAGGAUACUUGUGAGAUGCAUGAUACUGAUAAAAAUAUUACACAAACGGAAAAUCAACACAUGCACGACCAGGUAAGUUAUGAUAACUCUUCUAUUCCUAUUCUAGACAUACAAAAAAUCAUAAGUGAAAAAAAUGAAAGUGAGGAUGAAAUCAAAAGUAUGCAUAGUCUUCUUAAUGAUGAUAAAACAAAGAAUAUGGAUGCUAAUCAGGAACACGAAGAAAAUAGUAUUUUAUUUAAAGAUGAUAUAAGUAAGGAAAAAAUCAAACUCUCUGAUGAAGAAUCCACUUUUGAAGACAUGAACAUUGAAGUGUUAAAUAUGAUCAAAAAGAUAUAUGAAGAAAAGGAAAAAAAAAAACUUGAACGUAAAAGGAAAAGAGAAAAAAAAAGAAAAAAAAAAAAAAAAGAAAAAGAAAAAGAAAAAGAAAAAGAAAAAGAAAAAGAAAAAGAAAAAACAGAGGCAACUUCGCAAAAUGUACAAGGUGUACAAGAUAUACAUAAUGUACAAGAUAUACAUAAUGCACAAGAUAUACAUAAUGCACAAGAUACACAUAAUGCACAUGAGAUACAAUAUAAUGAUAGCAAGACGAUUAUGUCACCUGAUUUAAAUAAUGACACAAAUAAGAAAAGAGAAAUACACAUUAAUAAUAAGAUCCCUAAUCCUAAUGAUGGACGUAAUGAGGAUAACACUACUAUUUUAGAUGAGAAAAGAAAAUUAGAAGAAUCACAAAAUGAAGAAAAGAAUAAAUGUCCCUUUCUCGAAAUAGAUGACCAUAUAUUUGAAAUAAACGAUAAAGAUCAUUUGAAUUAUAUAAUGCGUAGUUCUAUGAAUACUUUUAAUUGUGCUUUAUCAAAAAAAAUAUUAAUACAAGGGAAAAUAUUUAUUACGAUGGAUGGUAUUUAUUUUAUAUCUCUUUUUAAUUCCCUUUUUUCCAAAAAUACAAUAUUAAAAAUAAAAUAUGUAGACAUUGUAUCUGUUGAAAAAUUAACAAUUCUUCAUUUUUUAGCGAACUCAAUAAAAAUUAUAACGAAAUAUAAAUCUUUUGUAUUUACAUCAUUUGUACAUCGUAACCAUUGUUAUAAUUUAAUUAUGGAUAUGAUAUAUGAAAAUAAUAAUACUCAUAUCAUUCCUAAAAAAGGAACGGUUAUAAUUGACAGGUAUCAUGAAUAUGAUACCGAUGAAAAAAAUGAUCUUAGCGAUGAAGUGGAUAAUACAAAUGACAUUAAUUAUCAUAUAAAAGAGGGUAUCAAUACUAGUGAUAAGAUAUAUAAAGGUGACAUUAUUAAUGAUUAUAAAAAUAAUCAUAUUAUAGACCAUUAUUUGAAAGAUAAUGAAAUGCUCACUGAUUCUUCAAAAAUUAAAAAUGAUUUUCUUACAAAUAUAGAAAACAAUAUAACAAAUGGAAAGUGUCCGAUAAUGCAUGUAUCUAAUUACACGAAUGACAACAAUAUAAUUUAUGUUGAAACGAUAAACAAAUACUUACCUUUAAAUAUUGAUACAGAAGAAAACGAAAUACUAAAAAAUAACAAUUUUAUAAAUUGUACAAAUUAUAUUGAUAGUUUAUUUAUUAAUCGAAACUUUAAAGAUAUUUUUCUAGAUAUUUAUUCCAAUUUACAAAAUCAAUCUAAUCCAUUAUUAAAAAGUGUACUAGAUAAAAAACCAUUAAAUUUAUCAUAUGAACAUAUCAAAGAUAUAAAAGACCUUAUGUAUAAUAAAACAUUUUUAACAUACACAACGGAAUAUAAUAUCUUAUUAUUUAAUAAUGAAACGAAAUUAAUAGGUUUACCUGAUAGAUCGAAUGUCAAAGAAAUUUUUAUGUUUUUUUUUUUUAAAAAUAAUAUUAUUAUUCAAAAAAUUAUCACACUUUUAAGUAAUAUACCUUUAGCGGGUUCAUUCAAUACAGUUGUUACAUUAAAUAUACAUAAUGUUAGGAACCAAAAUACAAAUAAUUAUUAUACACAAAUCGAUUUCUCAUAUGAUAUCGAAUUUGUUAAAAGUACAUUCUUUAAAAAUCAUAUUAAAAAUAAUGCUUUGCCCAAAUUGGAAAAAUCAAUUAAAGAUUUGAAGGAUUAUACAAAAGAAGCUAUUUUACAAAUAUAUCAACAUUAUGAUAACCAAACAAUAAAUAAUAAUCAUGUAAAUCCUGACCAACAAAAUAAUAUGAACCAAAAAAAUAAAAGUCAAAAAUAUCAAUCUUUUACAUUCAAAAACAAUAUACAUAUGGCCAAGACCGACCUUCAGCAUAUGACUAUAAAUGAACUUCGGGAAUAUUUUAAGCAUGAUUUUAAAUCUGUGGAUCACUUAUCAUCAUAUACUCCACUCAUGUACUUUUUAAUAGUAUCCAUUACGGCAUUUGUAAUUUACAAAUUACUUGAUAUAAAAUAUCAUUUUUGA